AUGAGCCAAGUUAUCGUCGACCACCAAACGCGCGCAGAGAUCACUCAGAUCCAAACAAAGGGCUUGACCCUCUUUGACACUCUAUACAAUUCUCUCGUCCUUCGUCACACCCUUCCCUACCUCCCUGUAUCAGGCCUUCUAAACCUCGCCGCAACCUGUCGCGAUAUUCGAUAUCUCCUGCACCAAACGCCCGGUACCUUUCGUCACAUCGAUCUUACACGGGUCAAGACAGCGCAUUGCGAAGACGCCCAUAAAGAAACAGAGCGCAAUCUCGCAGUCUGGCAUAAUGUCACUCUUUCUGAUUACCUGACUGAAGAUGACUUCUACGCCGGGCCCUUGAGGGGCAUUUUCUCUACCCUACGACAACGCGAUAUUCUUCGUGAUGUCCAAUCCCUAAUCCUCGACGGCCUCUCCGUCACAGCUGAGCUCUGUCAUGAGAUCAUCAACGAUCCGUCAUACAGCGUGCGCAUGCUCUCGAUCCGCGGCGUCAACAACCUGAACCAGGGCAAGCUUCGCGCAGCGCUAGCAUACGCCUGUCGCAGCUCUCGCCCAGAGAGCACCCCACGACUCAAAGCAGUCUACGUCUUCGGCCCCAUGCCCUGCGAUGAAAACUCCCAGGACUCUGCUGAUGCAUGGUGGUCCAAAAAGGGCCGUGUCCUCAACAGCACCAGCGAUAUGGACGACUGGGCGCAGUGCCUGCUCGCCUGCCAGGGCCUCAUCUCCUUCGACGCAGUGCUCUGCCAGGGUCCCCGCCACGCCAGCUCGCCAGCCUUUGGGUCCUGCAGCGUCUCCUCGCCGUGCAGCCCAGCGGUCGCUACCUUCUCCGUUGGUGGCUGCGCGGGCUGUGGCAAAGCGCCGGAGGGCGUCAUGACGGCUAGGACGCACUGCUCUUCGCUGCCGCUGCUAGCUCCGCCGCCGAUCCUCUCGUCGUCCGUGCAGGCUGCCACGACGCCGCGCCCGGGACAUGAGGAUUUCGUGCCCAGGUGUGCCGAUUGCUUGAGGGAUAGGUUCUGUGUUGCGUGUAAUAAGUGGUGGUGUGAGACGUGUUAUCAUCCCUUUGGUGGUGAUGAUGUGAAGAGACAUGUCUCACGAAGCUGCUGGGAAUGCGGCAUCAAUGUGCGCAACCUCUACAAUCACUGA